AGUUUAAAGGAUUUUAUGUGAAAAGCUGGAGAACGCUUGUCUCUACAAAAGAACCUCAAAAGCAUAUCAGGACUCAAGAAGUUUCUGAAGAAAGUGACUCUGGGAUUACGUGCUACCCGACAGGCAGACAGCACAGAAAGUCUCUCAGGUGGAAGAUAGAGCUGGAGCCAUGGGCAAGUGAGAGUCACAGCCUGGAAGAUGAGGCGUUCAGGUUUCUCAAGUACAUCACGACACCACAGGUGUCCUGUAGAAAUCCUGCAGACAGUCUGCCAGCUCAGGGAUCAUGGGCACUAUGUUUGGAUAACAGAUUCAACUUGGCUCGAAGCAUCAACACCAAACACUGCCGAGUCUACUCACUUGGGAGGAGAAGAUAAACAGUUGGAGAAAGUCUUAGCUAAGGCAGGUUGUGAGGUUCACUGUUUUGACCCCAGUAUCCGAGAGGCUCACCUGCAGGACUCACGCAUGUGGCUUCAUCGGCUCUCCAUCGACUGGAGGGACCCGAACCCUGCUGUCAUGACGCAGAGACAACACAGCAGCACCAAGAAGCUUUCUGCUGUCCUCAAUCACUAUGGACAUAGACAGUUAGACGUCCUGAAAGUGGACAUGGAGAGUGCCGAAUGGAAAAUCUUAGAGAACCUGAUCCUGGAAAACGUUUUACACUCUGUAGGCCUCUUGCUCCUUGAGGUUCACCUACACUGGGCCGGGUUCGAAGUGAGCGGUGACAAGCCCUCCGUUGUGCGCUACUGGUUCAGUCUGCUGAAGGAGCUGGAGAAUACACACUUCCACCUGUACCACAGUUACAGAGACCCGGCAAAGCCGCAGCUCUUUCUUCAGAAGAACUUACACAAUGCAAGCAGCACUUACAUACUAGGGUGGGUCAACAGGUGCUACAUGGCACAAGAGACUCGCAAGGGUUAAAUUGAUUAAAUAUAUGGAGGAGUCAAGGUACUCCAGACUCAAAUCAUUAUCAUUUUAAUCACAUGCUUUUGAAUCCAGCAAAUUACUCAACUGCAAGCUUGGGUAUUGUCAGAAGAACAUACACAGGCAGCAAGAAGGAAAGGAAAUAAACUGCAGUGGAGUGAAUCAACACAAAUUACUUGAUACGAAAAUUGGAAGAAAUGGAAUUCAGUAAAAAUAAAAAAUGCUUUUCCACAUUUUGUAGAACCUGGAAAUAAAAAAAUGAUCUUUUUUAAUGUGAUAUAAAUAACACAUCUAACAUGCUUUUUUUUACAAGCCCAGAUUGCCAGGAUAUUUUUACUAUUCUUGUUUUGUUUUUUUUACAUAUACUUUUCCCACACAUAUUUGUCUAUUUUCCCAUGAGUCAAAACACUAAUACAGUUUUAUAAUUAAGACUUAAGUUUGGUUUUAGCUUUCAGAAUUUAAUUAAUGCUCACAAUAGACAGAGAGAGCUAGGAAAUUAAUUCAUCUCAGAACUGAAGGAAAGAACACAAACUAGCAACGUAGUUUUAAGGGACACGACACUUAAUAGAUGGAUGUGUUGGCCCAAAUUGGAACAACAGCACAGAAGCAACCACAAAACUGAGAACAGAAUUGUUCAGACACACUUAGAGGAUGAUAAUGGCUACGGUUGAAUUUAGUUUUAAAUGUAAAUAGUAAAGUGAAUGUAUAAACCAGUUUCUGUAUUUUAAUAAGUUGUGCUUACAGACUUCCUGAAAUUCACGAUUUUUUUUAAGUGCGAAAAAACUCACUUUAAAGAGUUUUGAUUUGUUGAACCUUUUUUGGGGAGUAACUGGAUUUUAUGGGGUUAAUGACCAACAUGAUGUCUUGUUGAGUUUAAUAGGGGUUGAGUGUUUUCAAAACUUCUGUGUUAACUUUAAGGUCUACAGUUUUUGUUAAGUGUGUCACAGUUUCCUUAGUUGACUCAGCUCAUGCUUUUCUGUUAUUGUAUGGGCUGUGUGUGUGUGUGUCUAAUGGGAUGUGCCAGCUCAUCAAUCUUUAUGAAGACUGGCAUAAAUGUUUCUCUUUGUUUAAUAAAAAGCUCAGUAUGAGGACACUGGGGUCUGCUCACUACAGUGGGACUGGCAGCUCGUUGAAGCAGAAAAUGCUGCCUGACCUGAGGCGAUCAGAAGAAGCAUCUUCGCUACAGAGAGAGUUGCUUGCCAUGGUGCAGGACAACAAGAACAAUUUAGGUGAGCUACGGCUAGACAUUUGUCUAUAAAAACCGGUGUCUUGCAUAACACAGAGAUCACUUGAGAUCACACUUGAACCCUGAUCUUCCAAACAACAACCCAGAGCCUUAACCACUGGAUCUACCACCGCCCCUUAGCUCACCAGUUUGGUAUAAGUUUAUUUACACUUCGGCUAUAAGCUGCAGAAGACAAGACUAAAGCUACAGAAAAUGCUGGGUGCUGGGAUACUAGAGACAUCAGAGUCCAUGGAAGGUGUCUGUAGUCCUCUCCAAAUACAAAGACAGUUCAGUGUUGACUUCUAGUAUCUUUAUAGCAGGAUAUAUACCAUAUCAUCUUAUUAGAGCUCUGCUGUUUUAGUUUCAUGGAUUUGUGCAGUGGAUACUGGCAAGACAAGCUGAAGCCAGAGACCAAGCCCAAGAUUGUAUUUACCCUGGGAAAAGGUCUCUGACAGAUCAAGAUAAUGAAUGCUGGGUUUUGCAAAACUUCACCCAACUUCAAAAUACACAGAGAAGGUACUGUUUGGCAUACUCCAGAGCAAGAGUAAAUACUCUACCUUGAUGCAUGUUCCUAUGAUAAGGCACUCCAGAACCAAUGGGAGGUGAUGAUGGUUGUAUAGAACAAUGGCCUGCUGUUGGACCCCAAGAAAUACCACAUGAUGAGGCAGAUUAGACAAAUGGGAUAGAAGAAUCCAGCCAAAAUGGAAUUCACAGGAUAGAGAACCUGGACCAGGACUCCUCCUACUGAUCAUUUAUGAACACCCCUUUGGCAUCACUUGCUCUCUCCAUUGCUCACAACAGUCAGUGGUUUAUUUGAAAACCAGGAUGCAUUGUUUACUAAACUAUUGGAAACCCUUGCAAUUACCCCUAUUCUGGCCUAUCCAGCUGGUUCAAAAUGUAGGCAGCAUGGUGGUGCAAUUGAUAGUGCUGCCAUCACACGGUAAAAGGGUCCCUGGUUCAGUCUUGACCUUGGGUUACUGUCUGUGUAAAAUGUUUUACACAUUUGCACAGGUCUCCUCUGGGUUGUCAGGUUUUCUCCCACUGUCUUAAACCAUAAAAAGGAUGUAGACUGGCUAUUAAAUAUUCCUUGUAGGUUUAAAAGCUAUGUGAAGUUACAGUAUGUAUGUACAGUUUGUCCCUUAAUGGGGAAUAUUUCCAGCUUGGAUCCACUGUGGCCUUGACCAGGGUAAAGCAGUUACUUUAAAUUAAUUAAUGCAUGACCGUAAAUGUAAAUGACAUUUACUCUCUAAAGGCCACUUUUACUCCCUUAUGUGUGGGAAGGUUUCUAGCCCAUUUCACUGUCCACUCACCAGUGAUUAUACUGGCAUAAAUGUGAAUAAAAAGAGAAACAGAGAAGAAAAAGCAGCAAGGUUUGCUACAAAUAUCAGCAGAUACAACAAAAAGGGUAAAAUUGGUAAAAGAACAUACGUAGGAAAAGAAUAGCUUCUGAGAACAAAAUGCCCUAAGGAUGCUAUAAAGCCUGGAGGUGGCUGGGGCUGUUUUCCUGCAAUGUUGUUUGUGAGCUUGUGUUUACUAAAUAAUUUCUUCAUUGAUUUCAGCAAGUUGGCAUUUUGGAUCCAAACAUGUUGAAAUUAGUGAAGACAUUAUUCAAGCAAUAGAAAGGGGUAUUUCAGAAGGAAAGCGAUCCAAAGUACCAGCCAUCUUUGAACAUCUUUGGAGAAGAAAUUAACAGAUUGAUGGUGCAGCAUGGAGGACCAUAUAAAUGGAUUAGAAGGAAACAACAAACACUGUUAAUGAACAUAUUAGAUGGAUUGGGAUCUGAAAGUGCUAUUUAUAGAGCUUUGUUUAGAGCUAUUAAUUCUCCUUUACUGAGGACCUGGGAAGGAUCGAGGAGACAGAGUUUACAACUUACUGUUUAUCACUGCCCAGUUUGUCUAUGUGGUUUCACCUUCACAAAGGUGCUGCCAUCAACGGAGUGAAAUGAAGCCGUAGAAAACAGGUUA